AUGAAGAUCUCAGCUACCAUUUUUACUGCUAUAGCUACUCUUGCUUCAUUUGCUUAUGCUCAAAAAAACACAACUGACAUUUACGAUUAUGUCAUUGUUGGUGGCGGUGUAGCUGGUCUUGCUUUAGCAAACCGUCUUUCCGAAAACAAACAUGUCACUGUUGCCGUCUUAGAGUCUGGUCCUAAUGCUGAAGAUCAAUUCGUUAUCUACGCUCCCGGAAUGUAUGGUCAAGCUGUUGGUUCAGAACUUUGCCCUCUCCUGCCUACUGUUCCUCAAGAAAAAAUGAACAAUAGAACAAUCACUCUUGCCACUGGUAGAUUAUUAGGUGGCGGCAGUGCCAUCAAUGGUCUGGUUUGGACUCGUGGUGCCUUGAAAGAUUACGAUGCCUGGGAAGAACUUGGUAAUCCCGGAUGGAAUGGUAAUGAACUAUUCAAGUACUUUAAGAAAGUCGAAAAAUUUACUCCUCCUACUCCUGCUCAAGCUGAAUACGGUGCUACUUCUGUAAAAAACAUUCAUGGUACAAAUGGCCAUGUCGAUAUCUCAUUCACCAAUUUUGAAUUCCCUCAAUCUCGUUAUUGGAAUGCCUCUCUUGAUGCCCUUGAAUUUGAAGCUGUUCCUGAUCUCCUGAAUGGAUCUCUUCACGGCUAUUCUACUACUCCUAACACUUUAGACCCUCAAAGUGUUCGUCGUACUGAUGCAUAUGCUAGCUAUAUCGCUCCUUAUGCCGACAACCGCAAAAACUUGUUUGUCUUGGCUAACCACACCGUGUCUCGUGUUGAAUUCGAUCCACACAGUUCUGGUCAAUUGAAGGCUACUGGUGUUGAAUGGUACCCUACUGGUGACAAGACUAAGAAACAAGUCCUUAAGGCACGUUUAGAAGUCAUCAUCUCUGCUGGUGCUAUUGGUAGUCCUAAACUUCUUGAAGUUUCUGGUGUUGGUAACAAAGACAUUCUAACUGCUGCAGGCGUCAAGUCCUUGCUUGAUUUACCUGGCGUUGGUUCUAACUUGCAAGAUCAUGUCCAUGCUGUUAUCGUUUCUACUACAAAUAUCACUGGCUAUACUACCAACAGUGUCUUCUCUAACGAUACUCUUGCUGAAAAAAUGAGAAAGGAAUACGUCAACAAUAAGACUGGUAUCUGGACUACAACACCCAAUAAUUUGGGUUAUCCUAGUCCUAGUCAGCUUUUCAAGGACACUAGCUACAAGUCUGGCAAAGCAUUUGGUGCCAAGAUUCGUGAAAACGCCAGUAAAUAUGCCGAUUACUACGUUUCUACCAACUCAACCAAUGCCAAGUUAAUUAAGAAACAAUAUGAAAUUAUCGCUGAUCGCUACGAAACUGAUUACUUGUCUCCUAUUGAAGUCAACCUUACUCCUGGUUAUGGUGGCACUGGUAGCGCUGAUAUUCAACACAAAAAGUAUCAAACUGUCAAUCACGUCAUGGUUUCUCCUUUGAGUCGUGGUCGCACUCAUAUUGCUUCUGCUGAUAUUGAAGAUGCUGUUGUCAUUGAUCCUCAGUACUACUCUCAUCCUCUUGAUCUCGAACUUCACCUUGCCUCCUUCAAGCUUGCUCGGAAGAUUAUUAAUGCUCCUACAGGUCUUGGUCAAUUGAAUAAUGGUGAAGCUGAACCUGGAAGCAACAUUACUAGUGAUGAAGAUCUCAAGACAUGGUUGUCUAACAAUGUUCGUUCUGACUGGCACCCUGUUGGUACUUGUGCUAUGCUUCCUAAAGAACUCGGUGGUGUUGUUGAUUCCAAUCUUAAGGUUUAUGGUACCUCCAACUUGAGAGUUGUUGAUGCUUCUAUUAUUCCUCUUGAAGUCUCUUCUCAUUUGAUGCAACCUGUCUAUGGUGUUGCAGAAAAGGCUGCUGAUAUCAUUAAGACAGCUAACAAAAAGCAUUAA